AUGGGGCAGGAUGACAGGGGCGCUCAGCUUCUCGCUUCGUUGUGGUCGCUGACGGCGGCGGCAGCGAUACUGCUCUUUCUCCGUUUAUACUGCAAGCUCUGUCGAGCCAAGGGCUUGUGGUGGGACGACCACGUGUUGAUCCUCUCAUGGGUUUCAUUGACCACCGCUGCGGCGAUCCAAACAUACCUUGUCAGCCUCGGCUUUGGCCAGCACAUGGAGACCAUUAGCAAAGAAGACCUCAAGACGAUCAACCUGUUCACCAUCCUCUUUGCGACAUUCGCCAUCAUAGCGACCACAGCGAGCAAAUCGUCAUUUGCUCUGACCUUGUAUAGGAUCACCGAUGCCUCCUGGAUGAAAUACUUGCUCGUCUUUAUCAUUGUGACGACCAACGUUUCGAUGAACCUGGUUUGGAUCUUCGGCUUCACCAAAUGCACGCCUACGAAACGAGUGUGGGAUAAAGACGUGCAAGGAACCUGCUGGGACCUGCAAAAAUUAGUCAAGUUCCAAUUAUUCGCUGCUUACUAUUCGGCCAUUCUGGACUUCGUCUUGGCCGCCCUACCAUGGAAGAUUAUCAUGGGCGCUUCGAUGCGUCGCCGCGAAAUGAUUGGGGUUGCCGCGGCCAUGAGCUUGGGCGCCAUUGCCGGAGCCACCGGCAUUGUCAAAGCAGCCAUGGUCGUCAACAUGACGAGCCCCGAUAUCACGUACGAUCGCGUCGAUUUGACCAUUUGGUCCUUUACGGAGCCCGCUGCUUCAAUCAUGGCUGUAUCCAUUCCUAUGCUGAGGAUGCUGUAUCAGGAGCUCAAGUCAAGCCACAACCGAUCCAAGUACAACCGAAGCAAUCCGUACGCCGCAAAACCGUGGGGCGAUCACAUGGCCCCGGAAGCACGGCAGACAAACCUGUACGGUUCCCAUGGGCAUUAUAGCCAGAGGUCUGUUGCCGUCUCGUCGAAUACGGCGUGGGAGGAUUCCCAAGAGGCCCUGCGGGACUUAGAGGACAACACCCAAACAAAGUGGUCGUCCCCGGACUAUAGCGGAAUCCUCAAGACAGAGGAAGUAAGGGUGCAUCAUGAGCGACCGAGCAACGUGAACGGCGGAAACGCUAUCGAGAUGUCGUCUUUCGGGACUAGAUGA